AUGGAUCGAGGCGACCAGCCCAGCUUGACCGCUUCCUCGGACGAUGGGGCUCCCUGGGGCGAGGACCUGGACAGCGACGCCAGCACGCAGCUCGGCGGCGACCUCCCGGCCAGCGUGUCGGCCGUCGAGGCCGCCCUGCAGACCGGCGCCGCGGACCUCUCCGGCCAGGGCCUCACGCGCAUGCCGCGCUGCGUGAUGCAGGCCAGUAACCUCACGGAGCUCUCGCUGUCAGACAACCGGCUCGCGGCGCUGCCUGCGUCGCUGGGGCACAUGCGCUCGCUGGAGGGCCUCGACGUGUCCCGCAACGCGCUGUCCGACCUGCCCGCGGCGUUCUCGAACCUCACGCGCCUCACGCGCCUCGCGCUCGCGUACAACCGCCUCGCCGCGGUCCCGGCAGCGGUGCUGUCGCUCACCCACCUCCGCGAACUCAGCCUCGGGGACAACCAGCUGGCGGAGCUGCCGGCAGCGCUGUCGCGCCUGACGGCGCUGCGGUGCCUGGACGUGUCGUACAACAUGCUGGCGCGCGCGCCGCCGUGCGAGCUCGGCGCCCUCGCGCACCUGGAGACGCUGUCCCUGGCUGGCAACGCGGGGCUCCCGCGCGGGUGGCGGUCGCUGGACGGCGCCAAGGCGACGGCGAAGCUGCGCGAGGCGUGGAAGCUCCGGGAAGAGCAGGGGCGCGGCGGCGGCGGCGGGGCGAGGGCGGACGUCCUGGUGCUGGGCGCGGGCGACGCGGCGGCGCUGGACGCUGACCCGGGGGCGCUUGCCGCGGACCGGCAGUUUGUCGGAGACGAGGAAUACGACGUGAGCGGCGGGGGCGUGACGCUGGAGGAGAUGCGCAUGCUCGAGGGCGGGGAGCUCGGCGGCGCGGCGACGGAGGUCAUGCGGCGCUCGCUCGUGAUGCUCCGCACCCGCGAGGUGCCGCAGUGCAGCCCCACGCCGCACCGCCCGCCCUCGACGGCGAACCCGCGCCCGCUGACCGCGCGGUACGGGACCGCGUCAGCCGCGCGCCCGCACACGGCCCGAGAGCGGCAGCGGCGCGCCGAGGCAGUCGGGGGCCGCCCCGGAACCUCGAUGGUGCACGCGGGGGGGCGCACGCGGCCGUCGGCGCAGAGCAGCGGCGUGAGCCGCGCGUCGUCGGGCGCCUCGAUCUCGCCCACGCCGUCGGCGCUGGCGUCGAUGCCGGCGCUGACGUUCCCGCUGUUCGCGUCGGUCAGCUCGAUAUCGCGGGGGCGUGCGCGAGUUGCCGUUGGCGGGGGGGAACACGCCGCGAAACGGCCGCCGCGGUGGGCGCCCGCGGGCGCGAAGGACCCGGGCGAGGGGCGGGAGCGCGGCGCGUCGGACGGCGACCGCGGCACGCACUGGGUGCGGGCGGACGGCGCCGCUGCUGCGGUGGAGGACCCGCCGGGGGGCGACGAAGGCGUGGCGCUGGCGCUGCUGCAGGAACGCAGCCCCGAGCUCGCGGCGCAGCUGUCGGCGCUGCUGAGCGGCGCGGAGGAGGGCGGGGCGGGGCCGUCGGGCGCGGCCGGCGAGCCCUCAUAG